CACCAGCAGUAGCAGCAGCAACAACAAGGUACUUCGUUUGGAUCCCCCGAAAUAUAAAAACCCGCACCAAACAACCCACCAACGAAGCCGACGAACCCAAGUAACCACUGGCGAUGCAAUUGAAAGCGCCAAAGAGCAGAAAUAUGGCCAGUCUUAAAGAUGAGGAACAGGCGGCAACUACAAGCAACUCCACGAACAAUCUUAACAACAACAACAAUAACAACACAAAUAAUAUAAACAAUAAUCACAGCAGCAGUAGUAACAACAAUAACAAAAACGAGGAUGACCCAAAGGUUAGGAAGGAGAAUUUGGAGGCCAGGAAACAGGCUUUGGAACAGCGUUUAAGCGAAAAGAGCUGGCUGCUGCAGCAAAUCCAGAAACAAGAGACUGCCAUUAUCAAUGGCAACUAUGAACAGAUGACAGUCAAUGAAUUUUUUGUCCAAUUGGCACAACAGUAUAAGCACGAACAGCAGCUCCAUGCUUUAGCCAGGGAAGAUAAAUCAAUUUUAAGAAGGAAACAAAGUACAACGAGUCGUGAAAGUCGAGAAAGCCACAUGACCAACAACAAUAAUAACCGUCAGUCGGAAACGCUAUCAAAUCGUAGUUCAGAAUAUGACAAUUACCAGCCUUCUUCAUCGGCGGGAGCUGGUGAUAUGCUGGUCAUAGGCGUGGCCCAGCAGCAGGCUCAACAACAGCCGCCACUGGUGAAGAGUGCCCUGAAAAAGAGACCAACACCCACGCCCAGUCAAAUGCAAUAUAUGCGCCAGCAGCAUCAGCAGCAAGCUCAUCUGAUGAACAUGAACUACCAGAGAUCACAGCCGGAUGUUAUAUCCAUGUACUCGGCAAAUUCAUCCAAUGUGGCCACUUUAAGGCAACCACCGCAAGUGGCUCCCCAGCAGCAACCAAUUAUUGUUCAGUGCGAUAAAUAUUACUUAUCGCCUACCCAUCAAAGUUACAAUGAGGGUGGUUUCAUUAAAUCAAGUCAGAAUAUCAAGAAAUAUGUUUCCCCGCUUGCCUCGCCAAGUAAUCUUAGCUACGAGCACCAGCAACAGCAGCAGCAGCGUAAUCCCUUGCAUCAUCAACGACAACUCGAUGCUAUAUCCCUGGCACCUAGUUAUGUUUCCGUGGAUAUGGAAGCUGCCCAACAUCAGCAGCAAUAUCGUUGGCGUUCUCAGUCACAUAUAGCACCAUUAACGCCACCUCAAUUGGGCAUCAUAGAAGUAAAAUCGCAUUCCAGCGAUAUGUUGGCAGUGCCUUUGCCACCCAAUCGCUAUCAACCACACGAUGAGAUCUCUUUGUCGUCCUCCUCCACGACCAUUGAAAAGAAACCCAAGCCCAAGCAGUGGCUGGAGUCAUCACUAGAUGGCCCAGCUGUUAUAAGGCAAAUAGAUUCACAACCGCACAGUCCAGCUGGUAGUAGUAAUGGUAGUAGUAAUCCAGGUGCUGCUGCCAUGGUGUCUAGUAAACCUCGCGCCAAGCUCUCUUCGCAAUCCAUGUCAGUGGCGGGUCGUCACUAUUCCAUGUCCAAUCAGCGUCCAACACAGAAUUAUCCAAGUGCCAGUUAUGCGGUGAAUACUAGCUCGAAAGCUUUGCUGAGUCAAUCCACAUCGUAUCUCAAUGCAAUGGAACAAACGUUGGGGAUUUCGGUAUCGUAUCCACUGGAACCUUUGGACAUACCAGCGCUAAGGAACUUACCACCUAAGCCAAGUCAAAUGCAACAGCCAACGCCGCCGCCGCGACCUCCACCUGCCAAUCAGGGUCUAAACCAGAACCAGAACCAGAAUCUGAAUCUGAAUCAAAGUGGAAAUGGAAUUGCAAGCGGACUUGGUCAUGGCAAUGCAUUACAAACAGCGCUGGUCUCACCGCCACUAACCGUGGCCACGGCUAGUUUAUCACCGGAAAUACGCAUCGAGUCGCCAAAGAACAUGACCGUUGUGCAACAGGCCACUUUCCAGCCUUACAAAGAAGUGACCAAACCCUUCGAGAUGUCCGAUUUCUACAAAUACUCCACAAAGUUCAAACAAAAGGAGGGCGGCAAUCCCAAUUGACCUAUAAGGUUCUAUGGGAUUUAUAUAACUUUCUCCCUAUCUAUGUGAUUAACUAAACUAAUUUUGUAGCAAAAAAAAAAGUGUAACUACAAAGCAAAAGCAGCACAAAAUGUUGGACGCCUUUCGAAUUUUAAGUUCGUUACCCAAAUUAUUAAGGACCAAGGACUAACUGAAUAAUAAUUUAUCACUAAAAAAAUGCUCAGAUAAUCUGCCAAAUUAAAAACUGACUUCUAUUAACAAUUACAAUUUGUAUUGGAUUUUUUCUAAAAUACAAAAACGAUAAAAACCAGGACAAUAUUAUCCCCAAGGGGAAUAGAAAUCGCCUUACGAACAGGAUGCCUAGAAAAUAUAAAAUCAUUUUAUAGAAUUAACAAUAUUUACACAAAAAAGAUAUGACUAGCAAUUGUUAAAAAGUGUAUAAAAUAAUAUAUAUACACUACUCGAAUGAUAUUUUUGUAUGAAUAUAUUUAUAUAUUCAGGAGUUCUUUAAGACUAACUAUUGACAAGCAAUAACAAAUAUAGAUGUAAAUAAAUAUUUGAUAUUAAAAUGGAAA